AGCGCACGAGGAGCGCCGGCACCCCCGUGUGUCAGAGGGCCGCACCGCGCUGCAGAUGAAGCAUGCCGGGCGACAGCGAGACAAAGCCAGGUGACCAAGCCGAAAAUGAGAGCCACACUCGGCAGCCUUUCCUCAUCGGCGUGGCUGGAGGGACAGCCAGCGGCAAGUCAUCAGUAUGCAGCAAGAUCAUGGAAAUGCUGGGGCAGAACGAGAUCGACCACCACCAGAGGCAAGUGGCCAUCCUCAGCCAGGACUGCUUCUACAGGGUCCUCACCCCAGAGCAGAAGGCCAAAGCGCUCAAGGGCCAGUACAACUUCGAUCACCCAGAUGCAUUUGACAACGACCUUAUAAUCGCGACCCUGUGGGACAUCAAGGAGGGAAAAACAGUACACAUCCCUGUUUAUGACUUUGUUUCCCAUUCCAGGAAGGAAGAGACAGUGACAGUGUACCCUGCUGAUGUGGUGCUGUUUGAGGGCAUCCUGAUGUUCUAUUCUCAGGAGAUCCGAGACCUUUUCCAAAUGAAGCUGUUUGUGGACACUGACGCAGACACACGUCUAUCACGGAGAGUGCUGCGUGACAUAAGUGAACGUGGACGGGACUUGGAAAGUAUUCUAGCGCAGUACAUUACUUUUGUCAAGCCUGCAUUUGAGGAGUUCUGUCUGCCAACGAAGAAAUAUGCUGAUGUGAUCAUACCGAGAGGAGCUGACAACCUUGUUGCUAUAAAUCUCAUAGUUCAACACAUCCAGGACAUUCUAAAUGGUGGUUUGUCCAAACGGCUGAGCGGGUGGUUUAAUGGUUAUGGAACAGCAAAGCAGGCGAACAUGGAGUCCAGCAGCCGGCCCCACUGAGCGUAGCACUCCGCCGAAGAGAGGAAGGAGGGUUCGCCUGUACGUGGAGAAUGUGCUCUACAAUGUGACAAGAAUAAUUGGCAGGAAGUCCAAAGGCCUCCAAUUGAUGAGUCAGCUUUAACUGAAGAAAUUAAUAAGAAUGGCCAUUCCUUUGUGGAGCUGGUUUAAAGCUGUUGCAUUCAGUUAUAUUUUUCUCUUUAGCUUGUGUACUGUACGAGACUGGGAGAAAUACAAAUGGGCUAACUUGUAAUUUCACUUAAAACUGCUGCUUGCCUUUACCACAGAAAUGGAGAUGCUAACUAAAGAAGCAGUUAUGGUGUCUAAAAAAGAUUUCCGAACACUUGACAGCCUUUAACAAUACAAUAAAUGCAGUGUAGCAACAUGCUGUUUAAUGCCAGGGCCUUACCUUAUCUCACUACCAUUAAAGAUGCACUGUCUGAACAGACUAAUUCCCUUUAUCAAUGCAACUUAACAUCCUUUUUCACUCUCUACAUAAAGCAUAUUUUGACUCAUGCAAAUAGACUUUGAAACUGUGUAGUAAGGGAUUGAGUUUUCUGUUUGUGUCAUGUUGCCUCAUGCUGCACUUGCUUUGUCUUGUGUAAAUACUGAAUUAGUCACUAGCCAAAUCAAACAACCGAUUCCCACCUCAAAUUAUCUAAUGUAUGACAUCAUCACCAAAGAGAAACUUCCGUACUGUCUUUGUGGACUGAUUGUGUAAGAGGUGAUCUUUAUUUGAAUGAUACUGACGUCACCGUUCCACAGUUAAUGAUGUCGGUACCAUAACGAACAAGUAAUUGUUAUGGAAUUGAAGGUAUCAUUUUUUUGAUUCCCAUAAACUUGAAUCCUCGGACGAACAUGUAUGCAAGUUUCAUUUAAAAGUAAACCUACACACUGGAAAUUGUGUUCCUAAAUGCAUUGAGCUGUGAAAUAUCCAGUACAAAAUACCCAAUGUAAAUGUGCAAAUACAUUUUUCUUAUGAUAAAGUUCUCAGGUGCUCUUUG